GGUGCCCCCCUACUAUCCAUCCCUCCACGACUGGCUACAGUUCACGUAGUUCAUAGUACAGGCCAGGCCAAUAGUUCACGCUCGUCUCUCGAGUACUGAAAAUGUGUUCCGCAAAAUACUUGAGUGGAUUUUCAUCCGUCAUGGAUUGGCGUCCCAUUGAGUUCAUGGACCUUCCUCCCGUCCGAUGCUGUUCCUUAUGCAACGUGGUCCCCAAAGAGAUAUUCCUUCUGGAAUGUCCUCAUGUACUUUGCAGCCACUGUUACCAGGCUGUCCUUCAAGGUAAUCAAUGUUGUCCACUGGAUGGAGAAAGUGUACAAGAAAGCGAAGUGCAAAUAUGCACGAUUAAGCCAAGUCAUCUCUACAAAUGGAAAAUGCGCUGCUGCAACUCUAGCAAGGGCUGCGACUUCGUUGGCAAUGUGGAGAAAUUGGAGAUUCACUUCUUAAGUGACUGUGUCUUUCAUGUUGUGCGUUGUAACAGAUGCAAUGCCUUAGUGCAACGUCGUGAUAUACUCAGUCAUUACACUGAACAACGGUGCCAGGCCGCAAGUUCGUCUUGCGACGGAAUUCAAAUAAGCGUCGAUACAGGCGUUUUGGACGUCGGCAGGAAGAUCGACGCCUCGUUGGAGGCUAUCGCGGAGAGGAUGUGCGCGAUUGAAAUACAGCUCAACAAUCAUGCUGCUGCUGGCAUCGACGGUGCGAAGCAGUGCACGAAUGCAAAUAAGCAGUUACUGAAUGAACUUGAGCCAGUGGAAGGCAUACAUGGCGAGUCAAGGAACGAAGCUGCAAAUAUGAUGACGCGAGAAGAAGUGAGCUUAAACUCGAUCAAAGAAAGAGUUGAGCACAUCGCAAGUAACGUGCAACGCAACCAAGGAAUUGUGAGAAUAGCUACCGAUCAAAUCAUUGAGAAACUGGGUGCGAUGGGGCGGCACCUGGAGGCGCUCGAGCACAUUGGGAAGGUUGGAAUAAAUGAGGCACUGUUCUAUAUUCCGGGUAUUACUGAGCUUGUUGAAAGGUGGAAAGGAGUGAAAAGUGAAUGGUUGCAUCUAGAGCGUUUCUCGGAUGUUUCCACCGUUUGUGGUUAUUCUGUGCGAGUGGGGAUGAUAACUUCUGGCAACACUUUUUCUUUGUGUCUUGAGAUAUGCCCAAGCGCACAUGAUGAUCUCUUAAAGUGGCCAUUUCGUAUCGCUCACCGUUACACACUGUUGCACCCAGAAAUCAUGUCCAAAAAUGUUGGGUCCCAUUUCACAACCACUAAUCAAUUUUGGAUAACUCGGCCAAAAAACGAUCCAGUAAUGGUACCCAGUGCAUUUGCUCUGAAAGGUUAUACUCUCGAAUACAUUAUACGUGAUGGGUUUGUUGAUGAAGAUUCCAUUUGUGUUCAAGUGGAGUUCAAGCCAGAGAUGUGAUUGAUUAAUGUCCUGUCCUACUGUGAACCCCAAUGCUGUUGCAAAUAAAAAAAUGUGAUUGAUGAUGGAC